UUCUGCGAUUACUAUCGAUAGUGAAAUACUAAAAAUCAUAUGGGCUGCAACUUAAUGACUUGUUAAAGAAAUUUAGACACAAAAACAAAUAAAAACAUAUAGACGAAAAUGUAUUUAAAAUCAAGCUGUUUGUCAAUCGUUCUGCUCAGUUUGUUUGCAAGUGGAUGGAGCUUCUUGGAGCAUGACAGCUGGAUAACAAUUGAUUUGCACCAUUCCUUGACACCCGCAAGACCGGAGCACUUUUCUCAUCGAGGCAAUAUCUCCAUACCAAGUCUAAAUUCGGGACUUUCGACCAUUGUCCAGAAUGCAUUAACGGACACUGAACUUGAAAGCUUGAAGGUUCUGGCAAGCCAAAAUGGUUUCUAUCGCAUGAGGGCAACGGUCGCAUAUCCCAAUGGCAGUAAGCAACGUUUCUUGACCUCAAGCAAAGCGUGCAGCUUGCUGCUGGCUCAGUUCAAUGACGUUCUAUGGGUAUCACUCGAUCCCAAUGGCUAUGUAACGGGCAUCACUACCUCUCAGGAUCUAGCUCCAAAGAUCACGGAAUGCUCCUCCGAAAAUACGCAGCAAAUUAACGAGAAAAGCUUCAGCUCUGAUGUUAUCAUUCGACAUGCCGAAUUGGCACCGGUACCGGAUACUGGCAGCUUUAUACAGAAAUUCGAACGUGAGCGUGAGGCCAGGGAGCGCGGAGAGGUGCGUGACAAUAGGGGCUUCUUUGCUAAAUACUGGAUGUACAUUGUGCCCGUGGUCCUGUUGGUCUUUAUUUCUGGAGCAACCAAUCAGGAUGCUGCCAAAUAAGCAUGUAUAUGUAAAUUAGUUAAAAUAUUAGCUUUUCUUUUAAUUUGAAAUAAAGUAAAGAACAGAGCCAAUUUUAUUGAUUUUAAGAUCUUUUGAUGGCAGCAAACCACCCGCACAUGUAACAUAGGUCCGUUUUGUAACAAUAGUUAAG